GUUUUGAGCAGGUUCGGUCUUCUUAUAUAUUCACAACCGUUCUAGAUACUUGAAAUUGUUAUCACUCAAACAUGCCCCUUAGUGAUCAUGCGCCCCGGUUGGAGUUCCUCAAGGGCUCCGCUAGCGCUCUCAAUGCUCUCAGUCCAUCAACAGCGGCCUACUUGAUGACCAUUCACAACGGCAUUCUCCGUGACGAAUUCAAGCCAUUAAACCAGCGGCUUCAAGAGACAUCGUGCGGUGCAUGUGGCAGUGUCAGAAGCCCGCAGUGGACCAAGAAUAUCGUCAUCCAGAAGAAAAGUGGCAAGCAGUCGAACGCAGGCAGAGCGAGCAAGGCCAGCUCUGAUGGAGCUACAAUCUUGAAAUGUCUCCGUUGCCGGCGACGGACCAUCAAGCCAGUCCGCAAAGAUGCAGCUCGUCCUGCACUACCACCAAAAGUUACUUCUACAGCGACAUCUACACCUGACAUUCAAUCAUCUGCAACUACAACGCCCCAGUCCGAACCAGCCAUCGAAUCAGCGGAUUCGAGCCGGGUGAAUAAAGCGGCCGACAAUGCCAACAGCAAAAAGCGGGCCAAGGCUCGCAAGCAAGGUGGGCUGCAGGCCUUGAUGGCAUCCAAGCAACAAUCCCGCAGCAAUUCAUCCUCACUUGAUCUCUUUGACUUCCUUCAGUAGUGAAGGUGACCUGCCAAAUAGUAUCCAAUUCCCUGCUGCUUUUGCUUUCACUGUCACGGACUGCCAAGACCGGAGUCUCGGCAGAUUCCUCCGAGAUGGAUUGGGCCUAGCGCGGGGUCACGCUAUCGGAGCUUCCCAAGAGCUGCGGCUGUUGAUGUGGAGCUCGCUCGAUUAUCCCCCAAGCAUCCUCUGCUGCUGUUGCUGUUGUUGCUGUUGCUACUGCUUCUUGGCUUGCGCUCUGUAUUGCAUUUAGUUUACUGCUAACUCCUUACCUCUUCGACACAAUGUCGUCUUACGAUGACGAGCACGAUCCUCAGGCGGAUGAACUCCGAGAAACCGCUCU